AUGAAAAUUACAUAUAAACUUAUAUUAUUUAACUUGUUUUUAACACUAAAAUUUAAAGCUGAUUGUAUUUGGUAUUUAGAAAAUCCAAACGAGCAUCAAUCACCAGUUAAUGGGUCGACUACAGGAUAUCCAAGCAAUAUACCCGUAAAUAACGGUCAAUCGCAAUCAACCCAAAACCAGGGUUUGCAACAAAAUAAUAAUAGUGACAUUAACUCUACUAUUAUUCCUAAUAGCACUGCAAAUAAUAACAGUAAUAAUAAUGUUAAUCCAAAUGAUAUACAAGAUGGAAUAAUAGUGAAUAAAAUUCUUCUGGGAGGAGUCCACGCAGAGGCGGAUUCAACCUUUAAGGCAGUUGGUACGGGAGGAUUCAGAAAAUACGAUGCAUCAAACGCCCUAACUUUGGGUGGAGGAUAUUGGUGCAGUGAACAUGACCUGAUGAACGAUCGCAUUGUUAAAUGGACUGCAACGCUCAAAACUGACGCUGUUUUAAGAGGCAUUAAGAUUUUUUGGCAAUAUUUACCUCAAUACGUUUCAAUUUGGAUUUCUAAAGAUGAAGAUGACCAAUUUGUACAAGUUUUACCAUUUCAAUCCUGCGAAAACAUUGAGCAAGAGCAAGAGUUAAUAUUUCCCAGAAAAGUAAGGGCUAAGCGAGUCCGGAUUCAGAUGAAAGGACAAGUUAAUGGAUAUUUUGGAAUUACAUUUGUACAAUUCAUAGGUGAAGAGAACCCAAUUUUCAGAAUACAAUCGGGAAUAACAUCAUUCGAAGACAUGUGUUUACAAAUAGAUAGCACUAAUGAAGUGGUAUUGGAUAGUUGUAUAACUGCAAUUUCGAGGUUUGACUUCAAUGAUGUCUGGAGAUAUAAUAACAAAAGGCAGAUUUAUAACCCUAUAUCAAACAUGUGCAUGACACUGGAGGACAACGUUGAGACGGAUGGAGGAUCUAUUAGAAUGCUUCCUUGUAAAAACGAGAACGGUGAGGAUUACAGUGACGGCAGGAAUUCUUGGACCUUCACGUCAAAUAAUCAAAUGAGGCUCAGAAGGCCUGGAAACCUUUGCUUAUCACAGAAGGGCUCAUCGGCAGGCAUGGCAAAUGUAGCACUUAAUAAAAUCGCAAAAAGUAACUUUUCAAUCAUGAACAUGGAGGAAAACGCGGCUGAAAAGGCUCUGGAUGGAAACGCUAAGAGCUUUUGGGCCUCAAGAAAAUUCAAAGUGAACGAACAAAGAGUUGUGGAUUUUAUCGUAGACCUACAGGAUAGUUAUAAGCUUCAAACUCUUAAGAUUGUUUGGCAGUAUCCAGCCUUGAGUUAUAACAUAUUUACAAGAGUGGAUGAGACAGAAUGGGCACUAGCAAAAAACGUUGGAGCAAACACUUUGAAGACCACAAUUGACUAUUUAAAUGAUAAACUUGUCCAGUACAUUAAAAUACAACUAACUGCUCCAAAUCCCGACUUUGGAGAUAUUGAAGGAUUUGUGCAGUAUGGAAUAGCGAAUAUUUCAGCCUACACAAAUAGACUAAAAACCAUUGUGGAACCAUGUGAUACUGCGAAAAACUCAAAGGAUGCUAGAGAUAAGUAUUUCCUGGAGUCUGUUUAUCAAGUUGAUCUCAGUAAAACACUUCCACUUAGAAGGGCGGAAGCACGAAUAGAAGAGAUUGUAAACACAAUUGAGGGAAAGAUUUCAGAUCUUGAGAAGUUAACAGCAAAAAUCUCAAAGUGUAAAAAUAGGCAUGAAAGUUACUUUAAUAAAGUUGAACAACUUAAACGAGUUUAUAGAUCAAGUCUCGAAAAAUUGUCCCAAGUUGAUGUUCAUUUGUCAAGUGUUAAGCCUGCUGUGUCGGAUGAAAGAGAAUUUUCAGAUUGUAUUUAUAUAAAAAAUUUGGGUGAGAACAAGCCUAGUGGCUUUUACGAUAUAUUGCCUCAAUGUUACAACCAAAAACUUAGAGUUUACUGCGACAUGUACACUGGUUCCUCAUACUACGUUUCUACUGUUGAGGAUGAUACACUGAUUGGCUUGUCAAAUGUUAUUGACGAGUGCUCAAAGUACGGACUACACCCUUUUCACCUUCAGCAUGAAAAGCAGUUAGAGUCCCUUUCAGUCAUGCUAAAAACAAUGGAAGUUCCUCCCGGUACCAUAAUUCCAGUAGCAGUAAAGGUUGGAGAUUCUCUGCGAUCACUUGAUCUGGCUGCAGACGUCUCGAAAUAUGUAAGCCUAGAGAACCUGAAAGACGGAAACAUUCUUGGAGUAACUCCGGAGGGAGUUGAGUUAUUCGAUGGCAGAGAUAAGGAUAUGUCAGGAAUUAUCUGUUCUACUAAUUUUUCUAGUGUGCGGCCUCCUGAGAAGAUUCCAACUUUGGCAUGUAAUUCCAGGAUCACUGACAAUUCGGACCUUCCAACAAAGCCAGGAUCAAAGUUUAAUGUCAAAUGCCCACAAAACUGUCAUGAAACUUAUGAAAAUUAUGAGGUUGAAGGAGGUAAAGACGGAUUGUAUUCGUUCAAUAGUUCUGUUUGUUUGUCUGCAGUUCAUGCAGGAGAGUAUGAUAAUAAGUCUGGGUUACAAGUUGAAAUAGUCUCAUCGCCUGGGGAAUUGGAUGGGUUCUUCCAAAACGGAAUCAAUAGUGCAAGCGUCUCGACAACACUCGGAGAAUCAGCAUUUAAGGUAAAGAGGAUGGAAAACAAGUGCAAGUUCAAAAAGGGAAAGAAAGUGAUCAAACAUUUCAAAAUGAAACUUGCCUCUAAUGCACUUAAUCGCAAUAAUAUCAACAAUGCUGUCAAAAUUAAUACCCCAAAGGAAACAGAUAAGGAAAACAAGGAGACAAAUGACAAAAAUAAAGACGAGAACAAGGAGAAAGAGGAAAAUAAAGAUAAUGUUGAGACUAAAGAAAAAGAAAAGGCUGAGAAUGAUAAAAAGCCCACUCUGGAUAGUAGUAAAAUUACCAACAAAGGUGAUAACCAGGAGGAAGAUAAAUCAGAAGAUUUGGAAGAAACCGAGAAUAAAUUAGAUGAAGUUCCUCCAAUAAUUGAAGUAAAUAAACCCAAAAAGAGUAAACAUUAUCAUUUGAUGCCGAGUGAAAUGUCAACAGGUGAAGCAAUUCACUCUUUGGUUACUCACAUUUAUUCCCAAAAUACUAAGGGCUCGCCUGUUUUUUUGAAUCUUUUCAGAGAUCAUACCGGACUCAUACUUGCCAACACGAGGGACCUGAUAAAGAAGGCUGAUUUGAAAAAGAUACCAGGCCAGAGCAUGUUCGUUAACUUGGACCAUAGAGUUGAGCAUAUGGGAAGCGCAAUUAAACUUAUCGCAUCACAAUUGUCAUAUAAAAGACAAAUGAUGGCCCAGAAAAUCAACAAACUAAUGAGGGAAAAGAAUUUGCAUUCUUCAUUUGAGUCGUUUUCAUUGUUGAAAACAAGUCAGGAGAGUUUGUUUUCAAUAUUUACUGUGGAGACGACAAGUGCAACCAAAGGUUAUCCUACCUGGGUGAUGAGUGAACUGAACGUUAAGAACAGCACGGAGUUGACAAUAUCUCAAAUGUCCCAGAUUAUACCUCCAAAUAACACAAUCGCAGGCAGUUAUCUGGUGCUUAAGGAUAAGAAAUUCUACGAUUUCAUAUUCUCAGCCUCAGUGUACGCCGGGAGUACUGGAAGCCUCGGACUCGCUUUCCGAAUGGUUGAUAUGAAUAAUUACUAUCUACUUCAAAUGAAGCAGAGUAAUGGGGGGUUUAAGAGACUAAUUAGGGUUAUUGAUGGAGAACCUUACGAACUUGCCAGAGUUGAAGAUGGUGGAUAUAUCGAGGAAGUUUGGUAUCAUGUGAGAAUUGAGACAAGGCAGAGCAGGCUUAUGAUAUCGGUGGUUCAAGGUGAGGAUGAGAUUUUUGAUACUCCAAAUGCUGUUAUCGACGUGAUAGAUGCGACUCACUCAAGUGGAACAGUGGCGCUUUAUACUGGGAAAGUUUCUUUCGCUCAUUUUAAAAGGUUCAACGUAGAGGCACUUUCUUGCCUCAGGUACGACUCGCCACCAAUACCGCCGGAGCCGCCGUUUUGCAGCAUAUUUAAAGAGGAUUUCCUCUCAAAUUUCUCCCACAAUUGGUCAGUUUACAACUCCAAGGGGGAAUGGAGGUUUGAAAAGGAUUUAAUGGGUGAGCCUAAUGUGAUUGCAAACACGUUAAGUUUGGGAGUUCAGGAGGAGACUGACCCGACGAUUUCAGUGCUAAAAAAUCACAAAAGUUGUACGUAUGGAAUAUUUUCGGCCUCUAUUCUCAUGCAGUGUGAUUUUGGUACCGCAGGGCUCGUGUUCAGGUUCCAUAAUGCUGGGGAAUUUCUCUUGCUUGAGAUCUCACCAAAGUACUCUGCACUAAAACAGAUGAAUCAGGGGACCCUUACCACAAUCACUGAAACUAACCUUAGAGGGGUAUCACUCAAUGAGUGGACCUCGUUGUCUGUGACUUUCAAUGACGACCUUGUCACUGUUUCAAUGGGUGGCUCGGUCGGUUCUGAUUUGAUCUUUUUAAACGUUAGGACAGCUCAUGAACUUAAGCCUGGAGGAUCAGUUGGACUUGCCAGCCUGAAUUGUUCAGGAGUUGCGUUCUCUAACAUUUCUCUUAAGCCAAUUUAUAAGCACAAUCAAGGCUUGAUUACUGAUGCUGGUAGUAAAUUGGAUAAUGAAGGUGUGAGAGAGGAGGGAACCAAGAAAUGUUUAGAGGUGGAUCGGAGAUCAGAAUGUGGGAAGAUUUCACCCGAGAAUCUAGAGGCGUGCGAACACAACUUUUGUAGCUUCUGUUGUCAAACCCAUUACAUGGAUAAAGAUGCCCAAUCAGUGUGUGAGGAACAGUGUUCAAAGCAGGACGAAAAGGUUUCCAUGAUUCAAAAAUAUUUGGACCAGCUUUGGUUCAACUGUUCUGGGUCUGGGUUUAUAGAAAAGCAUUGUAAAGAUAAAGAUUGUAAGGCCCGAGUAUGUGGAAUGUGUUGUCAUUCCUUCAAACCUCAGGAAGAUUUGUCAAAAAAUCUAACACAGAUUGCAAAGGAUAAAUGCAACAAAUUGUGUUCAUCUCUUUAA